AUGGCAGGGGCUGAGCUCUCUGUCCCCCCUGAGCAGUUCACCCAAAUCAAAGAACCAGAGUUGAUACCAGACAGGGCCCUGGAGGAGGAGGAGCAAGAGGAAAAUGACGGGGUGUGCCGAGUAAAGGAACAGUGUGACUCUGCGGGUUUGGAGGUGGAGAGUGUUCAGGGGCCCCUCCAGAGCACGAUCCUGGAGGAGGUGCCAGAGCUGGUGCUGACUGCCCCAGAGGAGAACGAGAAGCACAUCCUGACCCUGCAGACCGUGCACUUCCCCUCAGAAGAGGCUGAACUGCAGGACCUCAGCUGGCUGGAUCCCCAGAAGGAGGACGAGAUGCAGGUGAUGGUGCAACAGGCUGAUAGUGGGGUGCAGUCGCUGGUGUGGCUCAGGGAGGUGGCCCAGCAGAGCCUGCACCAGUGUGUCCUCAGUGUCCAGGAGGAGGUAUACUCGCUGCAGGAGAUGGAGGUGAUGCAGUAUCAGCUUCUGGAGGAGAAUGUGACCGGGGCCAAUGAAGACUGUAAUUCUGCAGUGAGCAUGGAAGAAAGCACUGGAUCCAUAAAGUUCCAGAAAGGUCAGGAAGAGGAACAGCUGCUCGCUGAAGGUGGAUUCAGUGAAAAUACAGAAGAGCAGUUUUUUCUUGUGGAAGCAAGGCCAGGAGAUGAAGGAAGAGAUGAAAUCGUUCUGACAUUUUCAAACUUAAAUAUGGAAGAACAAAAAGAGAAACCUGAACUGGAUCAAGCACACCUUGAAAAACCCAGCACUACGAAAAAUCAAAAGAAGGCAAAGGAAGUAAAACGAACCUUCCACUGCAACUUGUGCAAGUUCACCUCUUCUAGAAUUUCCAGUUUCAAUCGUCACAUGAAAACUCACAGCACUGAAAAGCCCCACGUGUGUCACCUUUGUCUGAAAGCUUUCCGUACAGUUACCCUCCAUCGGAACCAUGUCAAUACCCAUACAGGAACCAGGCCCCACAAGUGUGGUGACUGUGACAUGGCAUUUGUCACCAGUGGAGAACUCGUCUGGCACAGACGUUAUAAACACACUCACGAGAAACCCUUUAAAUGUUCCGUGUGCAAGUACGCUAGUGUGGAAGCGAGCAAGUUGAAGCGCCACAUCCGCUCCCACACGGGUGAGCGCCCGUUUCAGUGCUCCCUCUGCAGCUAUGCCAGCAAGGACACCUACAAGCUGAAGCGGCACAUGAGAACACAUUCAGGUGAGAAGCCCUACGAAUGCCACAUCUGCAAUGCCCGCUUCACCCAGAGCGGGACCAUGAAGAUGCACAUCGUGCAUAAGCACAGCAAGAAUGUCCCCAAGUACCAGUGCCCCCACUGCGCCACCAUCAUCACCAGGAAGAGCGACCUGCGUGUCCAUUUGCGCAACCUGCACACAUACGAGACUGCAGAGAUGAAGUGCCAUUACUGCCCUGCUGUGUUCCACGAUCGCUACAGUCUUAACCAGCACCAGAAAACUCACAAAAAUGAGAAGAGAUUCAAGUGUGACUACUGCAGCUAUGCCUGCAAGCAGGAACGUCAUAUGACAGUUCACAUACUUACCCAUACCGGAGAGAAGCCAUUUGUCUGUCUCUCCUGCAAUAAAUGUUUCCAACAGCAGCAGCUUCUAAAUGUGCACUUCAAGAAAUACCACGAUGCCAAUUUCGUCCCGACUGUUUAUGAAUGCCCCAAGUGUGGCAAAGGUUUUUCCCGCUGGAGAAACAUGCACAGACACUCAGAAAAAUGUAACUCCGGGCAGGAAAAGCCAGCCACCCUGGAAAAAGAAAGAACAACGAAGAAGAAGCCCGCCAACCCAAGAGAGCCAGCCAAGGAAGACGAAGCCACAGCCGAGGAGGUAUCCCUGGUGAGUGGAGAGCUGUACCCAGAAGAGAUGGAGCCCACUGACUUCCUAGAAGCCAAGACCGAAGGCGAGGACCUGGAGGAAGACCUGGCCUGUGACAUGAUCCUGGCCUUGAUGGAUAAGUGA